GAAAUUUAUUAUUCUCAGACAGAAGAUCCAACUAUCCCUUCUUCCACACAAGUUAGGUUUGAAACCCCUUUCUCGCUUAAUCACCACUGUAACUAAAUACACUCUUUCAUUCAGUCACUCUCUUUAUCUUUCUCUUUCUCUUCCCUCACUCAUGAUAGUAUAAAACCCCACUCCUCACUAGCACUAACGGUCUCGUCUCUCUCCACUCCCCCUUCUCUCAGUCUCUGUGUGCAGCAACAAUGGCGGAAAAGGGGGCUUUGCUUUGUUUUAUCUCUGCUCUAUUCUUCUCUUCUGCUUUCUCUCGAAGCUUACUACAUGGGUCCAAAACCACUGUCCUCGACGUCUCUGCUUCGAUCCAGAAAACCCUAGAUGUGCUCUCAUUUGAUCCUCAAACAGAAACCUUUCAGGACCUCAAGACCACCACCACCACCACCACCACCACCUCAUCAUCGUCAUCAUCUUCGUUCACUCUGCAAUUACAAUCACGAGAUGCGAUUCACAAAUCUUCCCACAGAGACUACAAAAGUCUAUUCUUAGCUAGACUCGAACGUGACUCAGCCCGAGUCAGAUCCCUCAACGCCAAGCUGGAUCUGGCCGUUCGUGGUAUUAAGAGAUCAGAUCUGAAGCCGGUAGACACAGAUGGAUAUGAAGCUAAAGUUGAAGAUCUAGCAGGUCCGAUCGUCUCUGGAAUGAGUCAAGGAAGUGGCGAGUACUUCUCCCGAGUCGGAAUCGGUCGUCCACCUAAGUCUCAGUACAUGGUCAUCGACACCGGCAGCGACGUCAGCUGGGUGCAAUGCGCACCUUGCAGUGACUGCUACGACCAAGCCGAUCCGAUAUACGAGCCCUCGUCGUCUUCCUCUUACUCUCCCCUCACCUGCGACACCCAACAAUGCAGUUCGCUCGAUGUGUCGGCGUGCCGUAACGGGUCUUGCCUAUACCAGGUUUCGUACGGUGACGGGUCUUUCACCGUCGGCGAUUUCGUGACCGAGUCGUUGUCGUUCGGUAACUCGGGCUCUGUCGAUAAAAUCGCUCUCGGCUGCGGCCACGACAAUGAGGGCCUUUUCGUUGGCGCUUCCGGGUUGCUUGGACUCGGUGGGGGAUCGCUUUCCUUUCCGAGUCAAAUCAAGGCAUCUUCCCUCUCCUACUGCCUAGUCGACCGCGACUCCAGCUCGUCCUCAACUCUCGAGUUUGACUCGCCCGAACCGGCUGACGCAGUUACUGCACCGUUACUCCGUAACCGCCAGGUGGACACGUUCUACUACGUGGGCUUAAGCGGCUUAAGCGUGGGUGAUCAGAUGCUAUCGAUCCCACCAUCAUCAUUCGCGAUGGACGAGGCUGGAAACGGAGGAGUCAUCGUUGACUCGGGAACGUCAGUGACUCGGUUACAAACCGACAUGUACAACACUCUCCGAGACGCAUUCGUAAAGGGAACCUCUGGGUUACCAGCUACAAGCGGAGUUGCUUUGUUUGACACUUGUUACGAUCUAUCGUCAAAGAAAAGCGUGGAAGUGCCAACGGUUGCGUUCCAUUUCCCCGGUGGAAAAUCGCUGCCGUUACCGGCGAAGAACUACCUGGUCCCGGUGGACUCUUCGGGAAGGUUUUGCUUUGCUUUUGCGCCGACUUCGUCGGCGAUGUCGAUAAUCGGGAAUAUACAGCAGCAGGGGACACGAGUCGGUUUCGACCUUGGCAACUCGGUUGUAGCUUUCUCGGCUAAUAAGUGCUAGUAAUUACGGUACGGUUUGGUAAUAUUAUUUACUUUUUUACUCUUCUGUUUUUAUCCUAGCGAGUAGGAGAAUUUAGUAGUUUUACUUGUCACCGUCAGAUUUUGUAAGGGAGAUCUGGCUGGGUGAUGGGAGUGGGUCCCAGUUAUUUUACAUUUCAGUGGCAUGUAUAGUAAAUUAGUGGAAGGUUUAGGGGUUUAUUUGGAUUUGUGAGUUAGGUUUAGGUAGUCUAUAAGCUAUGUGAAGAUUUGAUUGAUAAGAUUAAUGGAACAAAGCAACAAGAUAAGUAUGUUAAAUUGUCAAAA